AUGGGAAAACGGAAACAUCCAGCAUCCACCAAGUCAAAGACUUCAAAACAUGAAGAACCAACUCCCAAAGCCAAGAAACGCAAGGUGCAAAGCAAGCCCAUGCACAACCAGGGCCGGUCGCUCUUCUUCCGCCUCCCACAGGAAAUCCGAGAUAUGAUAUACAAGGAAAUAUUCAUUUUUCCUGAGACGGUCCAUAUUGCCUGGGUAGGAGGCCGGAAAUACAAAUUCCGCAGCUUCCUCUGCAAACUCCCCAUGGAAGCCCAGCUGGAGUAUGAUCGAGUCCACCCACUGCCUUGCAUCUGUAGCAAGGACCACUUCGCCUGCUCGCCCAGGGCUCAUAGCAGGACAUUUUCAGUGAAGUCUACGCGGACGCCCGCUGAGACACGAAAACUAAGGGCAAUGAGCAUGCUCCAGAGCUGUAAGAGAAUAUACACCGAGACAAUCGAGAUGCUCUAUACGCAAAAUAAUUUCUACAUCUCCAAUCCGCGUACGGCUCUCGAACUACCGAAAUAUAUGCCCCAAUCCCGCCUGAGUCUCUUUCGGCAUCUGGCUGUCGAGUCGCCGCCCUGGGGUGAUUUGAUGGCUUCGCGCAUUAUCGAGCGCUGGAAGGAGGUGGUUGAUGCGCUGAGAAUGUUCAACGGGCUGCAGACACUGUGGAUACUCCUGCGUCCGGCUUUUGGGUUGAACGUCGAGAUUCAGGACCUUAUGGGUCGGAUUGACGAGGGUGCACUUGCGGUUCGGCCACGGAUAACUACAGAUGCUUUUAUUAAAAUGGCUCCAGCCCAGGGGUCGAAAAGAGAAAUUUGCCCGCGGCAUCCUGAUAAGACUCAUGCUCAUGCUCGUUUUCUGAAUACGGUCUAG